AUGAGUUCAUCAACAACAAAUAAAUUUUAUGAAUUUAUGGCUGAGCCACUUAGUGAUAAAGGCAUUUGUGGUGUUCCUAGUAUGGGUGAUGUUCUCGGUGCAAAACUAUCCGAAGCCGGUUAUGAAAAGCUUGUCAGCGCAGCCCCAUUUGGGGCUAAAAUGUGGAACUCACGUAUCCAUAUAACCUAGGGGCUAUGUUACUGUGAAUUUUUGCAAAUGUUAUUACUCUCAUUUCAUACAUAUAUGUUUGCAGCGAAGCUUUGGAUGAAGUUGAACAAUUAUAAACCACGGCAAGGAGAUUGCCAAGGUGUCGGUCACGGUCUGUGAUGGGGGUGGGAGAGGGGAGCCGUAAAACCUCGACUUAAAACUUACACUCACUAUUUUCUUCGAAAAUCUACGUGAGUUCCACAAAAGUUUGUUUUUAUUCCCCUUUCUGAAAGAAAGGGUUAUACGGCAGUUAAAUAUUCUUACAGUUUGUCUGUCUGUCCAAGCCAACCAGAAUUCAGUAUGCGCUAAACCAAUAAAAACUCACCAAUAGUUCUUACACAGUUUCACCGAAGGUUAUCGAGGGUGGGAAAUCCGAAUCUGAGGUUGGUUUAAUAUUAUUAAUUUAUCAAUUGAUUAAUAAUUAAUAAUUGAUAAUAUUAAUUCUUGACAAAGUUUCACCAAAGGUUAUUGAGGACGAGGAAUCAGAAUCUGAGAAUGGUUUAAUAUUAAUAAUCAAUAUUAUUAAUUUUUGAUAAAAUUUGACCCAAGGAGAAACUGAGACAGAAAAUUCGGAUCCCAGGCAAGGUUUUGAUAUAACUGAUUACGUUAAUAAUUAGUUAAUAGCUAAUUAAUUAAUAAUUAGUUUCUAUUGAAUUAAUCAAAACCACGAAAACAAAUUGGAAAACUCAGAUCAGAUUGUCUAAUAUCUAAGCCUGAACAACUUCAGUUCCUGAGCCAAUUAAUAAAGAUAGUACCAACAAACAUGCUUCUUUCUAUCAACAUAUCUGUUCAUUAUCUUAACCAUAGCCAAUAAAAAAAUGACAGCAACACGAAAAAAACCAAGAUCCUCAUCAACAUAUACUGAAGGUCAAAGCUUGUGAUGCAUGGAACAGCUAGCCGUAAAUGGCGCCGACGAACGAUUAAUCGUUUGCCUUUAAGCCCUCCUCCUCAAAAAAAAGUCAAUUUUCGUCCAAAAAAUGAAAAUUGAGAUAAAUGCAUGGGAAGAUAGCCGGAGUUCCGCUCUUUCAGAAACAACAUGAUUUUUUUAAACAGACACCCAUUUUGGGACAAAAUUUUUGAUAAUUUCCAUCAUCUACUUCUUAAAAAGCAGGUUUCUUUUCGAAAAACGAAAAAUGUUUUUCUUUUUUUCUCAGUUGAUGCUUUCUUGAUCGCGCAAACCAGAAUUCUCUGUGUAUCCUAAUUCUAUAUACUUUUUUUUUGUUUGAAAGAGCAUGUCAAAAUGCAGUGCAGUGCAGAGUCCAUUUUUUAAAUAAGCUUUGUUUGUUUUUUAUUAUAUAUACAAACACUUGUGUAAAUUGACGCCCAUUUUUAGAGAGAGUUUUGAGUCAUUGAACUUGUCAUCGCUUUUCUCCGUAGAAAAAGUAGGAAUUUAAAAAAAGGCUCUAUACUACACUGCCUCCUGAGAUGCUCUUUCAAACAAGAAAAAUUUAAAUAUAAAGAAUGAGCAUGGGGAGAGAAAUUUGGUUUGCCAAAUGUGCUAUUUUUAACCUUUGUUUGGUGAAUGUCUGUCAAAUGUCAUGGUAUCAAACUAAACAUUUUACCAUAGCCUCUCAACUGCAGCCCCAACAUCUCCUUAAAAUUUCAGCCAAUUUGGAUGUACUUGGAUUUGCAUCGAUUUUUGAGGGCACCUUAAAUUAGACACUCAAGCAAUGGCUCAAGAGGAAUUGGGAAAAAUAGCUCAUAGGAUGAUAUGCAUCAAACUAGAUGACGAUCGUGACUACGACACAUGCAGAAUCACAGUAUCUUGAAAAAUGUAUAAUUUUGACUCUUAUACGAAGUUCACUAGAAAGGUUUACUAUGUAGUUUUAGAAUUCAACUACAGUGUAUCUCAAUUGGUUUCCCCCUACGUUCUUUUUUUUGUUUUUAUUAGUAUACUUCUUUAUUUAUUAACCUACUAUAUCCCCCGAGCCAAAAUAAAUGGAGCACCUUAUUUUCAUGCUUUUUAUCUCUGUAUAGUUGUUGCUGGUCUCAGUUUUAUAUCACAGAUACAUCUUUGAUUACUUAAUCUUUCCUGAAAAUUUUAGCCUUACAGAAUGAGAAUUUGUUUAGAAUUUAAAAGAUUGGUUUUCUUCUGGCAAGUGACAUUAGAAGCUAGGUACUUGAUACUGUUGCUAUGGUUUCCCAGGAACUAAAACAGAUGGAAAUUUGAUUUUUUUAGAAAUGAAUAACCAUCUUUAGACCAAUAAAACGAAGAAAAAUUAUCAAAAUCGAUUGAGUAGAACUCGACUUAUAGGCGUUUUUCUUUUCGGAACUGAACGGUACAAUGCUGUGCUCUUCAUUCAUAUACCUUGUCCGUCUAGCUUUUCUAAUAUCCGUGUUUCAGUUAAAGUGCAAACAAAAGAUCUGAAAUUUCUGCCACAAACUAUUCUUAUUAUGCCUUUUAUAUCUGCAAAGUUUCAGGUCAAAAUUCGAAAUUUCAUUUUUUUUUUGAAUUGUCUAUCGGAAAUUGCCCUGGUCCUUCUUAGAAUCAUGAAAAAAAAAUCAAAGUUCGAAAUUUUGUCAUGAAAUUUUGUGUAUAUUAAGGACUCAAUGAGAAUAGUUUAUGGCAGAAAUUUCAGAUCUUUUUGUUACACUUAAACUGAAAUACGGAUAUUAGAAAAACUAGACAGACUACAUAUAAGGUAAGUGACAUAAAACAAUUUGUUUUUUUAAAUUUUUUCUUUCAUAUUAAGAAGCACUGUUCUGAUUUAAAUGGUGAUACAGAUAGUACGAGAGACUGGCUACAACAUGUACUAUAGAAGGAGACUCUGUCUGUAGAUAUAUCGUAAUGAAUGUAUUUUCUUAUCUAAAAUAAACGAAGAACAGAUGAAAACAAGCUGAACUAUUGCUAGCAUGACGGUUUUCCCUGCUGUGCGGCAAUAAAGAUCAUUUUAGUAUGGAAAAGUUUCUCGUCAACGCUGCAUACUAAAAACAUAAAUACAAAAGAGGAUUACUUAGUCGUAGUCAGAAUCGUUUAUUUGGUAAGAUAGGACUAAAAGAUUUGGUUCGGCAACUUUCUGUGCUCUAUAUUACGGUAUUAUCUGGAAUUUAGUGAUAACCGUUAGCAAAUACGUCGAAUCUUAAUAUUAUUGUGAAACACGAAUUAAAAGGAGUAUUGAAGUAGAGGAAUAGAGUGUUAGAUUGCCUCCCACCAUCCCCACCGAUCACGACAGACAUUGCCAUGAAAACGUCACAGACCAUGACAGACAUGGCCAGUGUCUCGUGCCAGACAGCUUAGCAAUGCCCCAUCUCCUUAUCACAGACCAUAACAGAGGUUUGUCACAAUUGAAAUGUAUUGCGUAUUUAUUUCUGUAAACUACUCACAGAGACAUUCGUAGGUUUCUAGCAAACUAACAAAGUCUAGGGAAAUAUUGAUUUAAUUUUCGCUGAUGACUCGAAGAGAGUAUCGAGUAUACGGCUGGCACUUUAACUUUACUUUAAAAGUUAAAGUAAAAACACUUUAAACUUUAAGCUUUAAUUAAAGUAACAAACUUUCACACUUUAACUUUAAAAAAACUAAAGUUAAAGUACUUGUACCAUCGGUAAGAAACGACCAUGUUCAGAAUUUAGGUCCUCAUCCCGCGACCAAAGCGGGAGUAUUUGGGUCUCUUCUGCCUAUCCUUGAGGGGUAUUUAGGUCCUCACUGGGUUACCAUAGCGGGAGUACUCGGGUUCUCAUUUGGCUAUCCUUGAGGGGGUACUUCGGUCUCAUUUGGGUACCCUUGAAGGGUACUCGGGUCCUGAUUUUGCUAUCCUUAAAAGUGUACUUGGGUCCUAAUUUGCCUAUCCUAGGGGGAGUACUUAGGUCGUCAUCUGGCUAUUCUUGAAGCAGUACUUGGGUCUCAAUGGGGGAAAAGUUGAGUUUUUUGAGUUUUUACGUCAAAAACCUCAGAAAGCUCAAAAAACUCAGUUUUCAAUCCAAUUCAUCAGAACUAUCAGUUUUUAUUCAAAUUAAUCAAAAAUAUGGAUUUUUUGUUCAGAUAAUCAUAUGUUAUUUCCAGCGUAAUUAUUGUUAAUAACCUUAGUAAUAGACAUGAAUGUAGCAAAGACACUGCAAUACAAUUUAAAUGUGGUCCAAAAGUGUCGACCCUUCGCUGUAAAUUGGCGCUAUCUAUACAAAUACAUGUAUAGACAGUUCAUCAAAAUACACAGUUAGUGGAGAAUGAUUACGAUUAUCAUUUGAAAAAAAACGGUCCAGAUUGUGUCAUGGUCUUGAAAAGUUACGAUCAUUUUAUUAAUCAUCACGAAGUAUUUAUAUGUUACAUUAUUUUGCGGAAACAAAAAAUAUUCUUGUAAUGUUUGAGCCAUUAAAGUCGAUCAAAAUUUUAUUUUCUACAUGUUUUUACCAGAUACUUUUAUAUGGUCCAUACUUGGAACCGAAUCGUCAGGUUUGCCAGUUACCGGUCCGGUUGAACUCUUCAAACAGGUCAGUUUUUACCAGUUUUUUAUCGGUUUUUUUACUAAUUUUUAAUGCCCUAAGGCUGGGCUAUUUUGAUUAUUUUUAUCGAUUGCUAUGACCUAAGCAAUCCAGAAAUAUGAGCUUGAAUGUCUUCAACUAACAAAUUUCUAGUCAUCAUCAAAAUCACAGCUUUAAAUAUUGAGCUCAUGUUCUCUUGUCGAACGAUAAGGACCUCGGACUAUGUUGAAUGAAUUGAUUAUGGUCACGAAGAGUUAGUCAGGCAUCAAAGCCAAAUUCAGUCUAAAGUAAAUAUUUUACACCUGCGAAUUUCGAGUUCACUUUCUGAACUACUUUUAAGUGGCCGUCAAAAACUCUCAAUGGCUAUUAGUUUCCAGUUCCUCCUUUCGCUACAAAAAUAUCAGAAAAGAUUCCGUUCUCUUGGAAAAGUUAGAUUAACUGCUAGUAUCAUGCAACUGUGUAAAUAUCUAGGUAUAAGAAUCCUAAAAAUAUGAAGUCUAGUCUUAAACCGUACUUUGUUGCUCAUUUUAUCUUUCUAUCGAUAGGGGUAUCCUUUUUUGAAUUGAGAAGCCUUUCAGUUGUGUCAAGUAUUGAUUUCAAAUAAAAAUAGAUUAAAUUUAUUAAUUCUUGUGAAGAAAUCAUAUCUUUAUUGAAGAAAGUCAGAAAAAACAAAUCAUAAAUGUUUUGCAACGUUAGUUGUUGUGAAUUACUAUACGAAAAGUUUCAAAAGAGUUCUUCCUUCAUUCAUAGUGAUAAUGUAUAUAGAAUGUGACAGAGUAAAAUAGAAGUUGUUACUAUGAGUAACUCUAAAAGUUACAUGAGUUUCACAUCGUAUGUCUUCGUGAACCUGUAUUAAUAAACUUUCCCUGAAAGAGCUAGUUGGUUAAUUGAUAUAUUAAACGAACUCGUUUUCCUCGGUUCCAUUUUAUACUCGGACCCGUCGGUUUUCCACCGGUCCAGUCAAAAAAAGUCUACCAGUUCCAAGUAUGUUUCAUAGCAUUUGUGUUUACGAUACUGUGAAACCUUCACUUGCUCAUUCCUAUUUCAAAGUAUUAAUCAAUGAUCUGGAAAAGUUUUACCCAAGCAAACGGCUUGCUGACUGGUCACACACCAUAAGUCAACUCUUUCGUCAGAUCGUUUGAUGCGUGUGGGGACAACAAAAUAAACAUGUUUUUUUCGUUCUUUUUUCGAAAUAUAAUGUAAAGAUUGAAUAAGUGUGCUGAUGUCACUCGUGUACUGGAACUUUGCUUGACCAAUGAAACUUGAACUUGGCUUUGAAAGAUAUUUUUAUACUCGCAUAGCUAUUUACUGCACACGUUGAAAACACAAUUUUAGCUUACGAACUGCUACAGACAAAUCUGACUGCUUAGGAAGAUAUUAACAUGUAGUAAGACGAUUAAUACAAUAGCGUAAAUGACACAUCACUGACGAUUUUGCCGAGGUUAACAUAAUUAAAUUAACAAAGAAAAAAGUUUUAAACAGCAUAUGCACACUAAUUCUAUUGGGAAAAUGCUGUUUUAUGAAUAAAAUUUCUCGAAAAAAUAAAUAAAAAACAUCAGAUUUCAUUCAAACAAAAAUCAAAUUUUUCAAAAUUAUCAAAUCAGCCAAAAAACUCAGUUUUCAGCUUUUUUUCCUUGUUGGAUCCUCAUUUGCCUAUCCUAGCGAGAGUACUCGGUCCUCAUUUGGCUACGCUAAGGGGAGCGCUUGGGUCUAGGGAUGUAACAAUACCAAUGCUUCCUAUAACAAUACUACUUGGUAUUGGUCAAUCUUGGUACUGGUAGGUAUGGGUAUUGGUAUAUAGGAGGGGAAAAGGAGGUCUACUGGUACUUCAAGUCAAACAUCAAUAUUUUGAAAAAUCAGUUAGUCAUUCCGAUCCCUCGACUCCGAAAAUAUUCUAUCAAACUUUAAAAGAAAAAUGGUACUUCCUUAAAAUACCUUUGUUAUAGCGAGAAAACGCUUAUCAGCGGAGCCUCUUUGGGACUAAAAUGUGGAACUCACAUAUUCACAGAACCAUGUCUGUUACGAUCUGUGAACUGGGUUGCGAAGGUAUCUAUCACAGUCUAUGAUAUAUCGUUGCUAAGGAUGUUUGUAAGGGGGAGGAGCUGAAAAACUUCGACUUGGAACUUCCACUGACAUAUUUUUCUAUGUGAGUCCCACACCCUUAAAUUCGAACAUUUUGAGAAACCGAUAAUAAAUUCUGGUUUUGUGGAACUCACGUAUAUUUUCGAAGAAAAUAGUGAGUAAGUUUUAAGUUCAAGGUUUUGCGGCUCUCCCCCCCCCCCCCCC